AUGGCCAGUGUUCGUACUCUGAAGAAAGGUGCCGACCUCGUCGCUGCCAGAGCGGCCGCUCUCCAUGCACCCCGCGCUGCUAUCGGCUCCACACUACUGCGGCGGGAGCUAUCCUCCGCGGUGCGAGCCCGCAUGCCCAGCACCCGGAUUGCCGUCCCCAAGGCAAUUGGAACGACUCAGAUUGUGCGAUAUGCCUCAAGCUCAAGCGAGCCUCUGAGCAAGACACAGCUGUAUGCGUUGCACGAGGCUCAUGGCGCCAAAAUGGUGCCCUUUGCCGGGUUCGCCAUGCCGCUCCAGUACACCGACCUGAGCCAUGUGGAAAGUCACAUGUGGACUCGUGAGAAGGCCAGCUUGUUUGACGUUAGUCACAUGGUGCAACACCACCUGAGCGGACCAGGUGCUCUUGAGCUUCUGAUGAAGAUCACUCCCUCCUCACUAGACAAAUUGGCUCCCAACACCUCUACCUUGUCCUGUCUCUUGGAAGAAGGUACCGGUGGUAUUAUCGAUGACACCGUUAUCACCCGCCGCGGCGAGGACACCUUCUACUUCGUCACCAACGCUGGCCGCCGUGCCGAGGACCUUGCCUUCCUGACGGCCGAGAUUGACGCUUACCGCUCCAAGCACGGCGCCGACAGCAUCAAGUGGGAUAUCCUCGAGGACCGCGCCCUGGUCGCCCUUCAGGGCCCCCUCGCUGUGAGCGUCCUGCAGCCCCUCAUCAACUCCACCAAUGCCUCCGCCGCCGAGACCGACCUGAGCACCCUCUACUUCGGCAACUGUCGAGAGCUGCACCUCACCCUCCCCGACGGCUCCGCUACCCCCUCCCCUCUCCUAAUCUCCCGUACUGGCUACACCGGCGAAGACGGCUUCGAGAUCUCCAUCCCUACCUCCGUCUCCGCCUCCCUUCCGGAGCAAGUCGUGAACCUCUUCCUCCAGAACAAGGACACCCGUCUUGCCGGUCUCGCAGCUCGUGACUCCCUCCGCCUGGAGGCUGGCAUGUGUCUCUACGGCCAUGAUAUCUCCACCGCACAGACUCCCCCCGCUGCCGCCCUGGGCUGGGUCGUUGGCCGUGACCGUCGCGACCCCGCGACUGCUACCUUCAACGGUGCCUCCGCUAUCCUGUCCCAGCUCGCUAGCCCCAAGACCGUAAAGCAGCGCCGUGUUGGUCUUACCGUUGAGAAGGGCUCGCCCGCCCGUGAGGGUGCCAUUGUUGUGGAUAUUUCUGAUCCUGCCAACCCCGUUGAGAUCGGUGUUGUUACUUCUGGUGUGCCGAGCCCGUCACUCGGUGGUGCGAACAUUGCCAUGGCAUAUGUUCAGACAGGUUUCCACAAGAAGGGCACCGAGGUCGGUGUCAAGGUGCGCAACAAGGUCCGCAAGGCCAGUGUUGUCGGUAUGCCUUGGAUUGAGAGCAAGUUCCACCGCCCGUCCUAA